UGGUUGUGGGCGGCGUUACGGAUACGCGUUAGUGCAGCUCCCAUUUGGGGCUACGUCUUCUUCACUCUUCGAGCAACAGGCUUCGCGGCUGCAACGAACUGAGGUCUACUUCCUAAAGCCUUGAGGGUUUACUUUUACUAGGGCUUUAUUAUUAUUCAUUCUCGCUCCUUCCCAGUUCCCACUUCAGUGGCUGGAGACCUCGAAAUUCCGCUUCCAAAAUGAUGAAUUCUUUCAACUCCAAUGCUUCUUCCACUCUCAGAUUUCUCAAAUUCAUUGCCCACUCCAGACAUCUCUCAACCCUUUCCCCAUUGCAUCCAACACGCUCCUCCUUCCUCUUCUCCAACAACCCUUUUUCUCCUCAAUCUUCUUCUCUGCUCUCACCUCCUCUCUUCUCCGCCACUACUAUCCGCUAUCUUCGUACUGCUCGAGAUCCUAACAUCAGCUACGAGAUUACGCCUCCUAUCAAUUGGGGUAUUCGAAUUGUCCCGGAGAAGAAGGCUUAUGUGAUCGAACGAUUUGGAAAGUAUGUGAAGACUCUUCCCUCGGGAAUUCAUUUUUUGAUUCCAUUUGUCGAUCGGAUAGCCUAUGUGCAUUCCUUGAAGGAGGAAGCUAUUCCUAUUCCGGACCAGUCUGCUAUCACAAAGGACAACGUCAGCAUCUUGAUAGAUGGGGUGCUUUAUGUUAAGAUCGUGGACCCCAAGCUGGCAUCUUAUGGAGUUGAGAAUCCCAUAUAUGCUGUUAUUCAGCUCGCUCAGACUACAAUGCGUAGCGAGCUUGGGAAGAUUACUCUUGACAAAACAUUUGAGGAGAGAGACACGCUGAAUGAGAAGAUAGUGGAAUCUAUCAAUGUAGCUGCAAGGGACUGGGGACUGCAAUGCCUUCGAUACGAAAUAAGGGAUAUUUCUCCCCCCCGUGGGGUGAGGGCUGCUAUGGAGAUGCAAGCUGAAGCAGAACGCAAGAAGAGAGCUCAAGUCCUUGAGUCUGAAGGAGAAAGGCAGGCCAAUAUCAAUAUUGCUGAUGGUAAGAAAAAUUCAGUUAUAUUAGAAUCUGAAGCUGCAAAAAUGGACCAAGUUAACAGAGCGCAAGGUGAAGCUGAGGCCAUCCUUGUGAAAGCAGAAGCAACAGCCAAAGGACUCACUCUUGUGUCACAGGCCCUCAAAGACAGUGGAGGUGUCGAGGCUGCUAGUUUGAAAAUUGCUGAGCAAUAUAUACAAGCCUUCAGUAAUAUUGCCAAAGAGGGUACCACAAUGUUGCUUCCGAGUUCAGCUGCAAAUCCAGCUAACAUGAUGGCUCAAGCCCUUACCAUAUACAAGAGCCUCGUUGGGAAUGUCUCUAGCGGUGAAGCCAGAGGUAGUGGAUUAAUUGAAGGCAUAAAGGAGAGCGAUCUGUCAGCAGAAAUGGUGGGAGAAAGCAACCGAACUGUUAGAAGAGUAGUUGAUGAAGAUCAAAAUGGCAGCCCCGGAUUUUCUCUACAGAGCCCCAAGAAAGCGGAAUAGUAAAUGGUUUCAACGAACUUGGUAAAGGGUUUCCAUUUUUUUUUUCCUUCUGGUUGGGGGGGUUCUUUUUGGGGGAGAGGAAGUUGUACCCGAGGCCACUCCGAAUACAUUCUCAAUCCAGUAUUGUUUCUUCAGAUUCAGUGGCGUUUAAGCGGUUCGGAUAUGAUCUCUGUUUCCGACAAAAAAUAUUUCUAAAGCCAUUCAAUUCAACUUACACAAAGCACGUCUACCCAUUUUUUCUA